UAGGGGAGGUUUGGCUUCAUAUAAAAACCGCCUUGCGCCCACUUGGUGCAUUACAGUUCUUGUUCUCAUUCAUCUUCGUGCAAGACAAGAUGAAAGUUCUGGUUUGCACUGUGCUACUAGCUUCCUCGGUUCUAGCUGGAAGCAAGAAGGAAACCUCCAAUAAGCCCAAGAGAGGUUUGAUCGAUAUUGGUGACUUUGGGGGACACGCUGGAGGAUUUUCUUUAGGAGGAGAUGAAGGAUUUGGAGGUAACCACGGCUCUUUGGGUGGUUCCGGCCUAGGAGGCUACGCUUCUUCUGGAGGUCACGGUGGAUUCUCUGGCGGGUCUGGAGGACUGUCUGGAGGUCAUGAAUUUGGAAGUGGCUCAGGAGGUGGAUUCGGCGGUGGUUUUGGAGGAGGCUUUGGAGGCGGAAAUGGGGGCGAUGAGGGGAGAAUUACUCACAUCACUCUUCACAAGGAAAUCGGGGUACCCCACCCAGUCCCGGUUCCAGUCAAAGUGUACAAAGACGUCCCGAUACCAGUCAACGUACCCGUAGCCGUGAAAGUCGACAAACCCUACGCUGUUCCAGUAGCCAAACCCUAUCCCGUGCACGUUGAUAAGCCCUACCCAGUUAAGGUAUACAAAAAUAUCCCCGUACCAGUGAAAGUGCCUUAUAAAGUUGAGGUUCCCUAUAAAGUCGCAGUCCAUGUGCCCAAACCAGUUCCAGUUCUCGUGCAUAAGCCAGUACCAGUCCAUGUACACGAAAUUAACAUUGUAAAGAAACCGGUGCCAGUGUUAGUUGGUGGUCAUGGAAGUGAUGGUGGUUUUGGAGGCGGCUUUGGAGGACACGAGUCAUUCGGUUCCGGGAGUUAUGGAUACCAUUAAAACCUCUUGAAAUUUUGCAUCUAGUAUCUACACCAUCAAGUACCUAAAAACAACCACGAUAUGAUGGUUACUUUCAGUAGUCAACCAGGAAGUUAUUGUAGCUGUAACGUGGUAAAAUAGCUUUGUGGAUCAAAGAGUUUUUUGCAGAAGUUACUAUAGAUGCAGCCAGAAUUACUGUACAAUGCAAUGCAUGUUGCAAUGAUAUUGUAAACAUUUUCAUACUGUUUCAUGCCUUUUCAUGUUUUUCGCUUGUACGCCUGUGAUA